CUCAACCGAAUAUAAAUAGUAUAUUAUAGUAUUCGAUCAUAUAUUACAAAAUUCUACCCAUAAAAUGACAGAAGAUCUCAAAUUGAUCGUUAUAGAAGUGAACAAACUUCUCGAAACGGACUAUAAUCUGAUAACGUUCGAUUCGUUGGUACCAGAAUCGCUUUUGCAGGUACUGAUUGACGUGUUCUAUGCAUUCGGUGCCAUCAGUAAGCUGGAUGUUCGUGAAAAUGACCCGGAGGAAACGAAUCUGCAGGUUAUGGAAGCGUUACGUAAGAUCCAAUAUCGCCCGGCUGGAGAUAUCAACGAUCCGGGUGCUUUUCGACGAGGAUUGGUACGGGGAGAAAAAAAAUUAAUACAUCCCAUCCUGAGAUGGACGUUCGAAAAUCGAGAACGGGUUAAAAAAUCUGCAUAUUUGGCCAAGUUUCUGAUUCCAUUGGAUCUACCACCGGAAGCAUUAUCCAUGCCUGAUUUGGGUGGCCUAUGGACCCAGUAUCUGCAAACGAUGGAUGACUUCAAGGAUGCCCACCGAGCAUACGAACAAUCUGUUCAAGAAGGUGUUCAGACGAGAGAGCUUCGAAGUGAUAUCGGCGCGAUCGAAACCGAAAUCGAAAACGUCAAGAAGCGUAUCGAGCGAACUCAAACCCGUUUGGAUAAGGUUCCGCAGCAGGAACUUUUGCUUGAAGCGGCCAAUAGUUUGAGGAUCGAGAAGGAGCGCCAGAAAGAGUUACUCUCACAGAUUGACGAGCAAAAACAGGGAUUGUAUCGAGCCGGCAUGAUGCACGAUCGAUUACAAAAAGAUUUGCAUAACGCAAGGAUGUCAGUCCAAGGAGCGACACCGCAGAACUUGAUGGAGAGUAUAGUUGAGGAAACGCAAGUGCUGGAGUUUAUGGUUCAGCAGAAGUUACCUCUUGAGCUGUUGCAGCGAAAAUCUGAGGUACAGAUUCUACAGGAAGUUAUCGAUGAGCCGCAAAUCACACGCAAUGAUUUAUUGGAACUGCAAAACAAAAUUAACGAAUUGAAUCGAGACAUUCAGAAACAUGUCGAGAAUCGCAUGACGGAACAUAACACUCAGAACGACACUUUGGGUCCGUUCCGUCAGCAAGCCGCCAUGGUUGCGCGAAACAAAGAAGCUGCCGCCGAACAACUGGAUCAGAUUACAAAGGAACUGCGAGAGAUCGACAAACAGCUACAAGACAAACAGCACAAACUACAGGAAACCGUUGGCGAUGUCAUUCUUCGCGGUGAAGAUCUUAAACAGUUUGUCAGUACGCUUCGCGCGAAAAGUAACGUCUACAAGCAGCAACGAGCAGAGCUGGCAUCCGUCAAGGCUGAGGUAGCGGAUCUCACUCAAACGUUGGAAAAUUUGAAAAGCCAAGAUCCAUCUCUGUCUACUAGCCUGUCGCAAGCAACUGACGACGAUGGGUCGGUUUCAGGUAGUGUCACCGAGAGUCGCCCGAACUCACCCGGCAUUGCGACUCGUGGUAUGACCGAACUAACGCGGCUGGUAGAUGGCUUGCAAAGAGCCGUCACAGCCGCCAGGGAACGUGUCACACCCCUGUCGCAACAGCUGCGUCCUCUCCGGGAACGGGUGAUCGAACUGAAGGACGAAAUGGAAUCCAAAAAACAGUCCUACGACGCUCUGGUUGCUACUCUGAAUGCCGAAUCCGCAGUGCUGCAAAGUAAGAUCAGCGAUACAGAAAAAUCCAUCCGAACACUGGAGCAACAGUGGCAGGAGCUUCAACUGGAACACGAACGGUGCCAAUUGUUGCUGGAAAAGGCUUUCGAGGAAAAUGCCAGCCUGGCAGCGGACAGUGAACCGGGAGGAAACGUUCGGGUAUCGCUAAAGGAAACACUGUCCCAUCAAAUAUUCGAGCAGGAAUCGAUCGGAAAGCGACUGCUGGAAGACAAAACUUCCUUGCAGGGCAACAUAAAUCAGCGCCAACGUCAGCAAGAAAUGUGGACAGAUUUGAAAACCCUGUUUGGUGCAAAGAUACGUUGUUUCCACGAGAAGAAACAGCGCGGACCGGGUGGAACACUAUGA